ACCUGACCAUCUUUCAUUUUUUAUUAUUUUUAUUUUUAUUCAUUUUUUGUCGAGCUAGUGAGCAUGGGUAUAGUGCUGACAUAAGUAUUAUGAUUGUGGCGAAUAACUCACUAAUUGGGGCUGCUAAUGUUUGAACAUUAAUCAGCUGCGGCAUAAGUCUGUACAGUGUGUUCAAACAGUUUGGGCCAACCAAUACACUUAAAUAUAUUUAUUAACAUCUGAUUAAGACAAACUUCGUAUUAAUUGUCCAUCCGCAACAUAAAUGAUCGUAGUUUGCGCAUGCGUGUACAGGAGAUGAAUCUCGGGGAGCACCAGUUGCUGGUGUCCAAGAUCUACAAGAUGCGGUGGAGCGAGGAUGUUGACGACCCCCACGCUGAUAUUGUCGUCCCCGUUGACGUACCCGAGAGAUGCAGGACAGGCUGUUCCUUCUGGUUGUGGCUUAAAUAUGAUGGCUGUUGGCACAAGACACCAACUGACGCUCCGGUGGAUGGAAAGAUCCACGGUAAGGUGAAGAAGAUUGAUGCUUUUGGUGUGGUGGCUGAGAACCCCCAAUCUGGAGCUGCCUCUGUGGAAAGUAAGAGGAUUGGUCCUGAAGGAGGGAAGUUUGUCUCCCAGACCGACGGCCGCAUCACUGUAUAUUUCCCCGAGGGAGCAGUGGACAAAGACACAGACUUCCAGUUUAAGGUAGUUCUAUGCAUUAGUUUAUGUAUGCGCAUCACUGUAUAUUUCCCCGAGGGAGCAGUGGACAAACCAGAGACUUCCAGUUUAAGGUAG